CGCGGAGCGAAUAAACCAAGAAGAAGAAACUUAAAUAGAAGACAAAAAUAAGUAAAAGAUACAAUUGAUAUUUUGGGACAACGAUAUAAUAUAAUGACUGUACCUAUAUAAAUAUAUUAAAAAUACAGUUGUAACAAAAUAAAGUGAAGUGAAGUGAUUAACUGUGAAAUGAAAGGCAUACAAAAUCAAAUAAAAAUGACAGGCAGGUUCUAAAAUUGCAGUUUAUUUUUGAAGUACAUCCUCUUUGUUUUGAAUUUUGAUUUGCCAUUACCAAUACCAACGGAAAUUAUAAUUAUUUACUACAAAACAAAUAGAUAGAAUUUGAAUUUAGUACCUAAAGCCUAAACUUAACUUACAGUGGCCGUUGCUGUGAACUGUUGUGAAAUUCUGUAUUUGAAUUUUGAUAUUGUUAUGAAUAUAAUUAAUAGUUGUUUGUAAUUAAUGUUCUAACCUUUCUGUCGCCGGUAUGGCAGACACAAAUAAUGAAAUAUUUUCUCAGAGACUUGUAAAAGCUGUGAUAUGGAAUAUUGGACUUCAAACGUUCCUUGCAGUGACAUUGGUUUUUCUAAUUCAAAUGAACUUGAUUCACCCCAUAUCGUGGAUUUCUUCUACAUUUGAAGAUAUAAUAAGCUGGAAGAUGUGUUUAAAUGUGGUACUCAUAGGACUAGUUUCAUUCUUUCAUGCAUACAUAUAUGGAAAAUAUUAUACAGCGCCAAUACCAAAAUAUUUCACAAGGUUCUUGAUGUUUUUAAAUAUAUUUUCAUUUCAAAACUGCACAUUCACAUUGCUGUAUGCUCUUAACGGAUAUUUUACUAUGAGUUUGUACUCUUCUCUGGCUAAAAGUGACUACAAUAUGUUGAAAAAGAAUUGUAAAAACAGUGAUGGGCUGUGCCUAAAUGAGCAGAGUUUAUUCCUGCAACUUGGUGGUAUGUGGAUGGGUUUGUACUAUUUUUUGGGUGCACAUAUUUUUGGCAGAAAGAUCUUAACUUUCCCUCCAAUAUACCAGGAAAAGUUCCAACAGAUGAAAUUGAUAAUUGGCAAUGUGGUCUCAAUGGGAUUUCAAAAUUCUAUAAAACCAGUGAUGUAUUAUUGUUUGUUCUAUUGGUUCUGGGGAAAUAAGCCAAGGUUUGUCGUGUCUGAUGUGUACAGCCUUUAUUUGGAAGAUCCUCCACUAGACAAUAUUAUAAAUUUGAUAAGUUCUGGGAUAUGGAUUGGGCUUUGGUUUUAUUCAAGUCUCUUCUUUAUUUCAAUAUACACAAUGAGAGCUGUGUUUAAUAUUGUCUUAACAGAACCAAUGAAGUUUCCUAUUGAAUCAGAUAAAACCCUGACUUUAUAUGGAGCAUUAUUACAAAGAGCUCAAUUUUCUGGAUAUCUGGGUGCUCAGGAUUUAAAAAUUUUAGCAGUAACUGAUCAGACUCGAAGAUCACAGAUAUUUACAUUAUCACAACCAGGUGGUCAUCCCAGGAAUUGGACUAAUCUUCUAGAAAAUUGUUUGAUUAUUAUAAGAGAGUUUAAUAAAGAACUAGAACUUAUAAAUGGGGAAGCUAAUGGACAUGGUGAUUUCAGUAAUCAGAAACCUUUAAAUCCCUCAUUGUCUCCACCUACAGUUUACUAUGGAAGUCUACGAAAUAUGGCACAGUCACCUCGAUCAUUUGAUAUUAAAAAUCAUUACAAAAAGGAAAAUGAAGAUACUCUUGCAACAGCCAUUAAAGUUGAAUUUAACAAUGCCAUUCAGAAGAUAUGCCAAAAACCAGGAAUUCAUUACUUUUUUGGAGAACUUACUGAUAUUAAAUUGAAGUUUUUGUUGAUGCAAGCUCAGCCAGUAAUAUGGACAUGUGAGGGUCUAGCUCACAUUGUCGCAGCAUCCCUUACAGAAGAUAAAUAUGGAGUUGUGCAAAAUGAUUUGCCUGUUGUGCUUUCUAGUUUAAUUAAUCUCAAAAAUAAUUUAGAUAAACUCUCAAAACCAGGCCUUGUACCCAGAAAAUAUCUCCUUAAUGAUAAUCUAGCAAUAAGAAUGAGAAGAGCAGUGCUAAGUGCAGUUAAACAAAGCAUUUAUAAAAUUGUGAUGACUUUCUCUAAAUAUAUCCAUGACAUACCAUUAGAUCAUGAAGUCCAAAUAGCCAUACAACCAUUCUUAGCAUGUAAAGAAAUUUAGAUUUAUCAUUAUUUAUUUUAUUAAAUUUUUAUGGCUUU